AUGCCUGGCCCUCCGUAUUCAUCGAGCACUGACUCUCAGAUAGGAGUCUUGCCUUCCCACAAGCCACUACAGGCAGCCAAUACCGUUGCCGCUGGAAGUUCACCACGCUUUAUUCAGCUGCCUUCACCGGUAUAUGUCGUGUCCUGGAUAUCUACGACACAUGUUCUGAUCGCCGCAGGUGGGGGCGGUAGUCGUUUUGGGAUGGUUAAUGUGCUUAUAUUACUUUCUAUUCAUCUCAGCAAUGAUAAUGAUGCUGAAAUGGAAAAUACUGCUGCAUGUUUGGGAUUAUCCGUGAAGCUAAAUGAGGAACAGCACAAGAUGGUGGUGAAGGCUGCAUCGCCUAGCUCUGACCCUGUUUCUGGAUCCAUUGAGGCGGGUGUGCGAGUUCCACACUUGUGGCGGUUUGUAGCAGGGCUGGACCUCGGUAGUGAUGUACCGUGGUGUGCCUCAAAAUACCUUCCCCUGGAACGAGCGGAGGCAGGGUGCAGCAAGCCAGACGAUACGAUACCCGUUUCUACACGAGAAUGGACACUGGAAACAUGUCAAUGUCUUCGGUAUGCACACGGCAUCAUUGCAUUGAGCAGCAUUUGUACAUUUAGUCUCAUUGCGGUGGAGUACGUCCCACAAAAUAGCCAAAAAGGUGAAUCUAUUCAGACUAGCGAAUCUUCAUGUAGUGAAACGUACCGAUUAACACUUCUUGCGCGUGUGGCUUUGCCCACCGAGACAAAUAACGAGGACAAAAAGCCCAUUGCGAUGGUGCGGUACGCUGUUAUUGUUGCUCACGAUGCGUGUGGAAUUCACGCCUACGACCUGCGUCCCCUGCUGCUGGGGGGGGAAGGGGAGGGAAAGGGCGGCGCGGUGGCACCAGUGACGCAGGCAACUCCAAUGGCUAAGUGGGCGUUACCAGACCGCGUUAACGAUCUUCAUGCUGAUCGCUUCAGCUGGGUGUCAGUGAAGGCAUCUCCUUUACAGACAACACAGGAGUCUCACCUCCAGAGCAUUUCGCCUAAGCCGUCUUACAAGGCCCUUGCUUUGGACUACGUGCUUGUUGCCGCUCUGGUCCGAGACAAGACUCUGCGGCUGGGCUCUUUCCUCCAAUAUGGACCCCAUGCCCCCCUUCGUCGAUUGUGCCGUGGACAGGAGCACCUUGAUGGGAUCGAUUGGGAGAGUGAGGAAGAGGAGCAAAGUGAAACCGAGUUAGUUGUGAUAGAGACGAUUAAAGAAGAGGCAGUACUGACCGGAGUAGACUGUGGGCUACAGUUUAAUCUGUUACCCUCUUCUAUGCGUCUUGUGCGUCUGUUUGGAUUGGAAACCCUUUCUUCUUCCGCGCAAGAUGCCGCCCUAAGGGCACUUACCUUGAGAAUCGCACAACAUGCUGAGGAGCCUUUGAUGCCCUUGCCGCUCGUUUCACUGCUUAUGGUGGUCUAUGACCAGCACAGUAAUCAGUCCUUUUUUCUGCAUGCACAAGUGUUGGUAUGGAGUUGCUCAGGGACUCUCUCAUCAGAAAAAGGGAUAUCCGCUAAAUGUGAUGGCAAGUGUGAAGGAAACAGCUGCCGCCGUGGCAGAAGGGGGGGGCAUCCGAUUCAUUGCCAAAUCCAUUUAGGGGCUGGUGGUCCCUCACCAAUCGUUAAGGAUGCAAUAAUAUGCUUCUCACCGUGUCUUGAUAUGGAUGUACGUCGCGAGGUUGCUCCGAAACAGACACAGGUGAACUUUCAAAGUGCCGUUGGUGCUUCCAUUCCGACACAUUGGUUGGCUGGAACUGCAGAAGGAUGGAUCGUAUUGGUAGUGCGGAACCCUCGGAUUCAGCAAGAGGAAUUGGGUGUCGAUAGUUUAUCUUGCGCAAAUCUAUCCGCCAAAGAUGGGAUGGUGGAAGGUAUGGGAAGCAGUUACAUCGGUAGUGAACAUAGUGGUGUUUCUGAGUCGUUUUUUGUAUUGCGACAUGCUCGACCGUCCCUUUUGUUGAGUCGGAGUGAUCGACCAGGGAAGGUUAGUCUAGGCCGUGGGAAAGAUCACUGCUGGGGGAAUCCAGACGUUCCCCUUCACUAUGAGCCGGUUACGGCGGUGGCGGUUUCAAAAUUGAACGAUGUUUUAUCAACUGACAUAGCACAGAAUGUUGUGCUUUCCACAUUACCAGUUCCAGUUCGAGCCAGUAACACUGCUAUUCUGCCGAAUUAUUCAGAAUCAAUUGAUUUGUUGCCAAAGGUAGAGGGCUUGGAGCUAUUCCCUAAGGCACUAGGCUUCCAUGCAAAGAUUGUUGGUGCCCUGGCUGCAACAAAUGCUCUCCUUAUGCGCCUUAGGUGGAUACUGUUGAUAUUAACUGUGUUAUGGGGAAUAUUUAUCCUGUUUUGCUAA